AUGGCGGACCUGGGAGUUUUCAGUGAGCUGAAGAACCAGCAACGGCCAGUCCGUCGCAAUGACAAGACCUACAGCAAGAAAAAGGGCCAGACCGCCGGGAGACGAGCGAUGCAUUUCGAUCUCUUUGGCGGAGGGACGAAUGAGAACGACUUCGUUGACAAGAUGGAGAAACUGACCUUUUCAGACGAUGUUAGAGAGAUGACCGUGGAGCCUUCACCCGAACCGAUUCUUCCGCUUGAGGAAAGACCAGUUGAACACCACCACCGACCCCGACGACGUCAGAAAGCCGCUACAUCGACGAAAAUGGCGAACCUCACCUGGCUCCAACUUCAGCAACUCGAUCCACUGCUCUCACUCGUUGGACAAAAAGGAGUCAAAGAUUUCCAGGAAUUUGGUCGAAGCAUCGGGAAGAAGUACCUAUGCACGAAGCUUGGUGAAGGGUCAUAUGCCGACGUUUUCAAAUUUGAGGCAAAGGAACUCGCAGAUGUCCAGGAACUGGAAGAGCAAGGCGGCCUCAUCGUCAAAAUCAUCCCGUUCAAAUUGACCAAAGAGGUCAAAAGUGACAUAACCGACCUGGAUUCGGUCCUCCGAGAAGUCAUGCUGAUGCAGACAGUCGACGCUUUGCACGGAUUUGUGCGCUGUCGCGGCAUCCAUAUCGUCAGUGGCACAUAUCCAGACGUCCUCCUUGAAGCAUUCGACACGUUCAAAGCAGUAAGACCAGUUUCGGCACACCAUACCAAUCCGCUGAAGGAUUUUUCUCCACACCAGCUCUAUGCCAUCAUGGAGAUGAACGAUGUUGGAAGACCCAUCUAUCACCUCCAACCCUUAUCAGCAUUCCAGGUGUAUGACAUUUUCUGGAAUACUGCGAUGAGCCUCGCUCACGCAGAGAAACAAAUCGAGUUCGAGCACCGAGACAUGCACAAUGGCAACAUCUGCUGGAAGCCUCUGACCAAAGAUGGUCGGCUCGACGCGGCCCAGAGCGUUAUUGAAGAGAUGAAAGAGAGGCCAGAAGUCGUCCUCGGAAUGUCAAAUCUGCAAAUCACAGUCAUUGACUACACCCUCUCACGUGCCCGAAUCAACGACGGGACGGGAGGCGGCGCCAUCAUCUUCGACCCCAUGUUAUUUUGGGAAACAGAGGCCUACAAUGCAAAGACCGAGGCGGAGAAGCGGCAAUGGGGGACAUAUCGGCGUGUCCGCGAGUGGGCCAGGAUCACCGAGUUCGAGGCGGAGGAAAAGGCCAGACUUGGAGGACUCAAAUACGAGGCAACGAACAAGUAUGAGAGGUUCCAGCCCAAAUCCAACUUGUUCUGGCUCGGGUACCUGCUUGCGGACAUGCUGGCGAGGACUCCGGCUGGCAGGGGCGCCAUCUUGCCAGGCAGUAGCAGGCCAGCCAAGGACCUACAGAUCCAGCUGUGGGCAAAGUUGAUUGAGGUGUCGGCCUACCUCAAUCAAAUGACGCCGACGUUGUUGCCAGAGGGGGCCGACGCCUUCAUCGCGGUGGCCAUGGAGAGGGGGUGGCUGGCGCCAGCUGACCUGGCGGCCUACAAAGCCCGGGCGGAAGAGUAG